AUGGAGGUUGUAUGUAAGGACAGGCUGGGCAACAAGGUCCACGUGAAUCGCAACACUGACGACUCAAUAGGAGACCCAAAGAAACUGAUUGCAGCUGAGACAGGCACCGGUUGGAACAUGAUUAUUUUAAAGAAAUGGUACACAAUCUUCAAGGACCACGUGGCUCUGGGGGACUAUGAGAUCCACGAUGUAAUAAACCUAGAGCUUUAUUACCAACAGGGGUAG